AUGGAGGAAAGCCCUGUGCGCGGCCGACGGGGAAGCAUGCGGCUUAGCCUUGCCGCACAGAGGCCGUCCAAAGAGCAGCUGGCAGAGCUCGAGAAAGCAAAGUGGAAGCGGGAGCUGGACGAGAUCUUCGAGCGGAGUAUCCAUGUGACGUCCUUGAAAGACGAGGACUUUGCGAACGUGCUGGGGCCAGGCUGGAAACAGCAACAUCCCACGAAGAUCGACUUCAGCAGUGAUCGUUACCAGCUGGACACACUGGAGGGCCCGUCGGGAGGUCUCCUUCACCCCCAGCUGCGCAAGCACCGGGUCCAGCUGGUGGAUGUUUCCAACAACCACUUGAUGGACAUCUCGGUGUUGAACAAAGCCAACGGUUUCGAUUCGUUGCACACCAUCAUGGCAAGGAAGAACCUGUUGUCUCGCAUUUCACUGAACCUGCCGAACUUGAUCGAACUGAACCUGGCGUACAACCUGCUCAAGAACAUGCCGAGCCUGGGUCUUCUUCCCUCCCUGGAGGUGCUGAUUUUGUCGCACAACCAGCUCAGCGGCAGUCUUGAGAAUCUGAAGUCCUCCAUGCGCAUCAAGCGCCUGGAUUUGGCGUACAACGAGUUCGACUGGACCCCCUCGCAGCUCUCGCAAGCGCUGAACGCCAUGAGCCACCUCCGCAGUCUGCAAAACCUCCGGCUCUACCAUAACAAGUUUGUGGCAUGCUUCAAGGAAUACCAGAUCUAUGUGGUGAGCAAGCUGAAGUCUCUGCAGAAGCUGGAUGACUGCAUCAUCACAAUGGACAUGCGGGAUGAGAUCGAGAGUACGAACCUCUUGGCCCUGGAUGUCUACGAUGUUGCCUUCAAGAAGCGACAGGAGGAGUUGGCACGGAAACAGAGCAAUGCUGGAAUGGGGCUUAAAAUGGGAGCAGGCGUGGGCAAGCUGAAGCUGAUCAUGGAGUCCUUGGAGGAGAUCUUGGAGGAGCCCAGUGCCCUGGCUGCCCGCAUCGGCAUCGUCCGUGAGAAUGCGGCCCUCAGGGCUCAAAGCAGCGGGGCGGCGGCGGAGGGCUUCGACGUCGAGGAGGUAUUUUGGGAUGGCAUGAUGGACCAUGGCAGCUCUGACAAGGAGAUGCAGAUCACAGUAUCCUACAUCCUUGAGCUGAUCACAGCAGUUAUGGAGCGCCACGACACGGCCCGGAACAACUUGGUGGACACUUUAGGCUUCUUGUCGUGCAUCGUCUCAUAUGAUCUCGGCAACCGGUGUUUGGACCUGCUCCGACGCAUGAUGCUGAGCAGUGAUCAUUGCCGUGAAGAAGCAGGUCGCGGAGUGAAGACGAUCGUGGUCCCCACACUGCUCGCUUUUGGUGAGGCCGACAUCAACAGUGAGAUCACGAAGACGCUGCUCCUCGGUCUCCUCGAUCUGGUGCAGGAAAAGCAAAUCAGGGAGGAGGUCUGCGACAUUCUCGAGGAGUUGCUCCCUUUGCUGUUGAACUGGUUCCUCCAGGAAGAAUACCUCACCGAGGACGGCGCUCACAUUGUGAAGCUCCUGGCCUCCAUCACUGGUCCAGAGGAGUACGCCACGAGGGCUGCGACACCUGAACUUGCGGCGAGAACUAUCAUGCACCUCGAGAACAAAGCUUUGUUCGAUAACGUGCGGCUCAGAAGCACCUGGAUCGACGUGCUCCAGAUCUCGCAGAACAUCAUCAUGUAUGGCUCGCAGGAGAUCGUGGACAUGUUCUACAAAGCUGCAAGCCACUCCAAGGUCGUGGCUCGCCUCCGCCAGGUGCUCACGGCCACGAAAGGGCGGCACAAUGACGAGCCUCUGCCAGCGAGGACGAUCGCUUGUAUUUGUCACUUCGUCUCCGCGAUGAUGCAACGAAGCAACGCUUCUCUGCAAGAGUGCUGCGAUCCCAUCUGCUUCCAAGACGUUCUCUGCCAGCUUCUACGGUCCCACCUCGUCGACCCAUUGAUCUUGGAGGCGGUGACGAAGACUCUGCGGACGAUGCUGGAAGAUCCCAAGGUCUACAAGAAGCAGGCCAUCCGGGUCGUCGAGGAUCUGCGGAAGGUGACACCACUCCUCCAGUUUCUGGGGGGGAAGAAGUAUCCCGAUCUCUACCGGAUGGCCCUCAAGUACUCCGAUGAUCAGUCACGUGAUGCUCCCCCAUUUGCAGAGCUCGAGAAUGACUGGGUCACCAAUGCCAUGAUCGGCAUUGUGACUCUGGUGGAGUUCUUCGCUGCAGAAGAUGAGAGCAUCGAGGACGACCAGGCCCGGCAGCUGGUGAACGAUGCGAUGAACACGCAGGGGAGAGAGACGAUUCUGCUGAAGCUGCUGGUGAUCCCCUGCGAUGACUUGAAGUUGAUCGUCAUGCGCUGCUUGAGCAAGGUGCCCCUCAGUCAGAUCGAGCCCGAUGAGAUGGGUGCUAUCGUCAAGUGCCUCUCCGAUGUGAAGAACAUCGGAGAAGGGCGCACUGAGGAAAUGCUGGCAUUGGUGGUGCGUCAGCUUGAGCGACUGCUGCUGGCUCCGGGCGACACCGGCCUUGACUUCCGACAGGGCUUCGCCGAACGAGCCGUGGCCGAGUGCAGUGAGAUACUGAUGGCAAACUCAGCGCGCUCGACAGAUCGCGAGUCAGACGAGUUGGAGAAGCUUGCGCUUUCCUCAGCCAUCGUCAACUUCUACUUCAGCUGCAGUGCCAUUUCAUCCCUCCGAAGCUGCUUGAGGAAUCCCACUAUCGAUGCCAUGUUCCCUCGAAUCAUGAAGUUCGAAGAGGAGCUCCACAGCCCCCUGGCUGCUGAUGUGCGGCUCGAGCAGACCUGGCUGGGAAGGUCCCUGGAGAACCUGCUGCAGUGCUUCCAGGGAGGGAAAGUGCUCGUUCGUGGGAAGAAGGUGACGAUCCGAAUCCUUGCCCAGAUGGCCGAUAUCAUAGAAGGGCGCUCCUCCUAUGAGGAGCGGAGCCGCCGCCGCAGGAUGCGCACAUUGAAGGAGGUGGCAGCGGCGGAGGCGAAGAUGUGGGAUGUGCAGGCCGUCCAAAAGGCGCAGAGGUUCUUGGACAACCAGGAGUUCGAAGACCGGAUUGCACAGGCGCAACAGUUUGUCAGUGCUGGGGGCCCCGCUCGAUUGCAGGACUUCCUGCUCGACCUUGCCGCAAAGGAGCGGGAGGAGUAUUACAUCGACCAGUAUCUGAAGGCUGGGGACAAGCCUGGAGCGAUUCUGAUCGAGGCCGAGGCGAAGAAGGAUACAUCCUUGGAAAGCUACCUGGCAGAGCGUGUACAAGGUAAUCUGCAGAACUUUGGCCUGAUUGAGGGUCGAGUGGCCGUCCAGUUUCAGGCUACGGACCCUUAUGUUGACAGCCCUUCGGAAUCCUACGACGAGAUGCCUCAUCAGGGCGUCCGCUUCAGCAUGCAAUUGGACUCCGGCAGCCAGUGGCCUGUCGUGAGGUCCAUCAAUGUGGACUGCAGGAUCCAAGAAGCCGGUUCUUUCAUCAACCUGGGAAUAAGCACCAGCACAACCGUGUCGGACUGGGCUGAAGACGUGUGGUCAGCUCGCCGACACUGGGAGCAGAGGUUGUUGUCCGGGCUCUCUGGUUACAUAAGGAGGCGAGAGAAGGAGGAGACUCCUGUCGACUCGCCGGCGUCGUCCUCCGUCUGGAACUUCGCGUCCGAAGGGCCGAGCCCCAAGCGCCAGUCGAUCAGAGACGCUGAAGAAUCGGUUUGGAGGCUAUACGGGCCAGAGGCUUUGGGCCAGCUGCUAUCAGAGCUAAUCCUGAAUUGUGCCGUGAAGAUCGCGGCAAAGUUCCUGGAAGGUACAAUGCUGGAUGUGCUGACGACCCUGCCUUUCUGGCCGGUUGGCCCCUUGAACUUCGAGGAGCACUUUCCACCAUUGUCAAAGCAAGACAUGUAUGUCGACUCAGACAAGCAAUUAUGUCCCGACCUGUUCUUGAGAGUGGCGGCAGUGGUGUGGAAAGCAGCCUCUCAGGGCAUGCAAACGCUGGAGCUUGCUCUCUGGGAGCUACGACAGCGCGGCAUGCCUUUAGUAAAACUAGCACUGCACACGCCGGUGCUGUACAAGUCUGGCGGGAGGCAUCGCAGUUUGUCGGGUCCGCUUCUGAUGUUCGUCGUGGAUCAGAUGAACAAGAAAGAGUUCGCCGCAGACUUGGUGCAUUCUUUGAUAGCAAGCUCUGCAGAUCCGAAUGCCGAGUAUGUCCUCUUCCCAACUGGCAAGCAGAAGGCAAUUGGAAGGUUCCCUCUCCUGUGCCUCGCGGGGAAUCGGCAAGCCCACAACCUGGCUGAAGCUCUGCUACGUCACGGGGCAGAUGUCAAUUGGGAGAUCACGCUAAACUAUUUCCCUCAUGGUGGCCAUGCACUGUGGAGCGCGGUUUGGGGGAGCGACUAUGGCAUGAUCCGGCUACUGCUGAGCUUCGGCGAGGCCGAUGUGAAUGUACGAGCCUGGCAUCCAGAUGCUCCGCCGUUGACAGGGCAAGCGAGGCACUUGCAGCUUCUGUCGUUGGCGUCCACUGCCUUGGAUUCAGAACAUGUGCACCUCUUGCUCGAGUGUAAAGCUGACUUUCAAGAGGAGCUGUCGCCUACCUUUGCUGCCUGUCACGCUGAAGUGACCCGGUUAUUGGCAAGCCACGUAGCCUAUAGCCACCCCCAGGCAAUUGUACACAGGUGUGAUGAACUCCAGGGCACCUGUGGCGUCUGGAUCGACUGGGUGUUUCAAGAAAUAUCUGGUGACAUCACUUCCAAGCGGCUGUUUCGCUCUGCGUUGUCAGCUGUCAGUGGCGAUUUGGACUUGCACAGGUCUUUCAUGGCAUUAUUGUGCGACUUAAUCCAGCGCCUACCGACGGCUGCGGCCGAACUGCUCGACAAGAUCUGCCUGCAGAGCCCGCAUGUCCAGGAACCGGGCCGACAUCCGUUGAGAACAAGAUGCCUUUUCCAGGCACAUGAGCUGCACACGGCUUACCUUGCAGAGACCAAAUGGGCACCAAACGGCACUAAGUUUCAAAACGCACUGGCGCCGCCUGCACGCCAAGCUGGAGAACGGUAUUGUGGGCUUCUUCCAACUAUGCGGCAAGUGGAGUUCUGCGACAUACAACUAGUCGGCAUUCCAGGCCUUGUUGAUGAGCGUGUUCUACUGUCGCUUCAGACAUUGGGAUGGGAAACGCUUGUGAAGCUGCUCACGGGGAGCAUUGUCUUCCAAGCUCUGGUGGAACACAUGUGGAGCGCUGGCAUGCGAAAGACACACUACAUGCAGGCAGCAACGUCGGUGAUUCAAUUCUGUUGUUUGCUGAUUUGGUGGCAAAGGACCGAGACUGGUGUAAUGGCCUCGUGCUGGGCGGUAUUUGCAGGAACUGUGGGCUUCCAACUGUCGAACAUCCUGCUUCUAAUUCACGCACGCAAGGUCCCUUUGCUGCGGCGUGUCAUCCAUGCUGGUAUGGGCGUACAUUUGGUGGCUUCUGGCUGGUUGGCGUGGGAUGAGACCCCGCGAGAUGAUUACAAGUCAUCCAUGGCCGUCAACGUAGUUGCGGUUGUUGUAUCCGUUGUAUACAACUGUCGUGUGCUCCAACCGUUUGGCAUUCGAGUCGGCCAGAGUCUCUUGCCAAUCCUGAACUCUGUUGGCAGGCGUGAAUUCGCGGCGAUGGCGAUGCUGAUGUUCGUUACUCUGUUUGCCACUCUCUUGUAUGUGUGCAUCGAGUUCGACACAGACGCAGAAGGCUUUGCUUCAGCUGCUUUCCAGACAUGGCAAACACUCAUCGUGGGUGAGCCAACGCUGGUCAAUGCCAAUGACAGCAAUACAAACGUGAUCAGGUACCUGGCGGUGUCUUUGUGUUUCUUUGCCUGCAACACUGUGCUCAUGAACAUUCUCAUAAAUGUUACUGGCUCCGUGUAUGUCCAAGAGACGGAAAAUGCCGUGGGCAGCUUGCAGGCAGAGAGGCUUCGCAUUUGCGUAGAGGCUGUGGCGGGAGCUCACUUUACUCGCUGUGCAGUUUUCAUAGAAUUUCUUGCGGGAUGGAGUCUUUGGCUGCUCCUAGUUCUCGCAACUUCGAACAUAUGGAAUGCGUUGAACAUACUGAUUGCUAUGGCUUGCUGGCUUGUUGGCUUCUGCUCACAGUGGCAUGUGGCACGGCGAGCAGCCGCUUCCAUGGACAACUUCGAAGCCUCGUCUCAUGCGUUGGAGCCUGGGGCCUUGCGGUAUCUUUGGAUCUGCCGGCCAACAGACCACGCAGAAGUCCAUGCCUCCAGCAGGCAUCGCAGUAGCCGAAGCCCAAGAGCGGGCGAGCGCAGCCCCAUGGCUCAGGUUCGAGCUCUUAAGCCAAGGUUCGACCGGCAGCCGCAUAUUCAGUUAAUGGCAGACGACAUGAAGUCCACAGUAUCACUUUGA